AUGGGAGUGACCCGGAUCAUACUCGACACUGACCUGGCGAUGGGCAAUGGUGGCAAUAUCGACGAUGGCUUCGCCCUCGCUCUGGCUCAUGCCGACCCAGAAUUACAUAUUGAUAUGAUCACGACCGUUUAUGGGAACACCGACGUCGAAAGCGCUACGGUCCUCACCGGGGUAGUCGCAAAGCAUCUCGAAAUCCAUGAUACUCCAAUAUUUCGCGGCGCCGCGACCCCUUUAAUACGGCCUAAUCAAAAAUGGUCUCCUGCUCCUCACGUCGCUGCCCUGAAGGGUCUGUCUCAAUCCUGCUGUCCUUCUCCCGGCUACGCUCCAAUGGCGAUCAUUGAGCACAUCUUAGCCAACAAAGAUCAAAUUACCGUCGUUGCGAUUGGACCUCUGACGAAUAUUGCACUGGCUUUACUCCUAGAACCUCAAAUAGCCACGGACAUCAAAGAGCUUGUUGUUAUGGGUGGCACGUUUUUCGGCUCUACAGGUUUCCAUGAUAAACCCGGCGAGACAAACGUUUUCACCGACCCAGAAGCGGCGCAAACGGUCCUGCGUUCUGGUAUCCCUCAACGAUGGGUAGGUCUCGACUGCACCCUACAAGUCCGCUUAACGAAGAAACAAGCAAAAGACCUCGAAGCGUCCCCUUCAGAGUUUGCUGCGUUUGCAGGGCAUGCUGCAGGUGCUUACAUCGAUUGCCAGGCUGCUCGGUACCCGGGACGACCCCGUUCAGACUCAUGCCCGGUGCAUGAUGCCUUGGCAGUAGCGGUUGUUUCUCGACCUGAUAUCUGCGAAUUUAAAGAGGUUUUUGCUUCAGUCAUUACGGGUGAAGGUGAAGCGAGAGGAGUGAUCAUUACAGAUCAAUUAGAAGGACCCAGACCUCCUAAGCCAAACUGCCGUGUUGCUGUAGCUGUCAAUACGAAGGCAUUUGAGAAACACUUCUUUAGCCUCAUACAGACAUUAUAG